AUGGUCCCACUGCUGAAGGCUCUCUUGGUGGAGAUAGUGGCAUCCGCCGGCGGGCGGCGGGUGACGCCACGCAUGGUUGCCGACAUUGCGGAGGGGGCGACGGCGGAGAACUUGCAGUUCCUUUUGCGAGUUAUGGAGUUUUGUACAGCUGCCGAAGUCGUGGGGGGGAAGCAUGUUGAGAUGAUGAUGAAUGCUGUCACGGGCUGCAAGCUCGACGCCCCGCCAGGCUUGGCAAACACCGCGUUCAAGUUUGGUAACAAGAUGGGCGCGACAUCCACCUUGCAGCGCACGGCAACCGGGGUGACAGAUCCAGUUGAGGAGCCUGGCUCCCCUGAGCGUGAUGCUGGCGGGGAUGGGGGCGAGGCAAGCAGUGGCAGCGUUGUCGAGCGUGGCGGCAAGCCCAUGGGACAGGCGGCACAGCCACGGCGCAGGCUGCGGCAGCAGGUCGUGGAGGAUGACGAAAGCGACACCGAAGCGGAGGUUGACGCUUCUGCAUGCAUCACUGCCACGGCUGCGGCAGCGGCAGCGGAGCAGCACGCGCCGUUGGGCGCUCAGCUGGGCAAGCGCGUACGGAAACCGCCUAAGCAGUUUGCAGACCACAUGCUCUAUGAUGAGGGCAAUGCGGCAGCCGCGACUGCAGAUGGCAGGCAGCACAUCCCGGUGGCCGCCUCGGGACCGCGCGAGGUGCUUGCGCGCAUCACCGCUGAGCAGAUGGUGGCACUCGAGGCGGCAAUUAAAGAGGAGCAUAUGGCACGGUGGAAUCCGGCAAUCUGCCAGGUGCGGAAGCCAAGGAAGAAGGAAGGCGAGGUGGGCUUUGCCGCCGCAGUGCUGGAGCGCAUAACCAAGCAGUGGCCCGACCUGCACAGUUGGUUGCUGAGCACAGAUGUCGACCUCAUCAAGAAACACAUCUGGAAGGAGACCAAAGGAAAGUGCCCGCAUGAGGUCACGGCCGCGGCACAGGCAAAUGAGGCAGCGCAGCAGCAGGCAGCAACAGAGGAGGCAGCGGCAACAGUGCUGAACCGUAUCCCCAACGCAGCAGGGGCAACGUGGGAGCAGCUGAAGGAGUUCAUGACGGUUGUUGAUGCCGACAUCAGCACUGGCAAUGUGGGAGAGUGGAAGGGACAUGAUGGCUUGCCUGCGACACGCAUCAUCAACCGGCCUGCAGGAACAGACUGGCUGUGCAAGCCUGCAGCGGCAGACUGCCUGUGA